UGAAUUCACGAUGAAGGCAACUGUUUACAAUUGUUUUUGUCCGUAUGUUUUAUGGCACCUAUGAAAAUAAACCCAAUAAUUUCACCGUCAGUGAAUCCAGAGUUUGACGGAGAAGUACGACGUGUCUCCAGCACAAUGAAACCCAUUCAUCUUCCUAAAACAAAACUCCACGAACCCGUAAAUCUUGUCCGUUUCUUUCGUUGACGCGUCUCGUGAAAUAACAUCUGUAAAAAUGUCAUAAAGUGUGGUGCAACAGGAUAAUGUCGAUGAUCAACAGUAACCACAUCCAGCCGACGAUAUCAGGGAGCGAAUCUUUCUGUCCCGUCAUCCAGAAUUCUCCAGGGGUGCAUAAAAAGCCGAUCCGACUGCGGAAUAUAGUUACCAAAGCCGAGGCCUUCGAUUCGCUGCACAUAAAACCCUGUGAGCAAACGCCAUGUACGAAUCAAGUAUGCUUGGGGAGUAUGAUGGCCCUGCCCUUCCGAAACGAGUUGAGAACAACCCCGGAAAUUUUGAAACAUGCCAAAGAUUUCCUGGAUCAGUACUUUACGUCAAUCAGAAGAUCUACGGAGCGAAGUUGGCCUGGAGAAACUCCGUCAGAUGCAUUGGGCGUAUUCAGUGGUCUAAACUGCAGGUGUUCGAUUGCCGAUAUGUAACAACAACCAGUGGUAUGUUCGAGGCGCUUUGUAAUCACAUCAAAUACAGUACCAACAAAGGGAACAUAAGAUCUGCCAUCACUGUCUUUCCCCAACGGACAGAUGGGAAACACGACUACCGGGUCUGGAAUCCACAAUUGGUGAGCUACGCCGGAUAUCGACAGCCUGAUGGUUCCGUCAUCGGAGAUCCUAUGAACGUGGAAUUCACGGAUCUGUGCGUCAAACUUGGAUGGAAGAGUACCGGUGGAAAGUGGGACAUACUGCCUCUGGUACUGUCUGCUAAUGGUCACGAUCCUGAUUAUUUCGAUAUUCCUAGAGAGUAUAUACUGGAAGUGCCCAUGAGUCAUCCAACAUACGACUGGUUUGAAGGACUUGGCUUGAAAUGGUAUGCCUUGCCGGCAGUUUCCAAUAUGAUGUUUGACUGUGGAGGCAUCCAGUUCACUGCUGCCCCUUUCAAUGGAUGGUAUAUGAGCACAGAGAUUGGGUGCAGAAAUUUAUGUGAUACCCAGCGACUCAAUAUGUUAGAGACAAUCGCAUUGAACAUGGGGUUGGAUACAAGAACUCCAGUGACACUGUGGAAGGACAAAGCCAUAGUAGAAGCCAAUUUAGCGGUUCUGUACAGUUUUCAACAGAAAGAAGUCACCAUCGUAGAUCAUCACACUGCUUCGGAAUCUUUCAUGAAGCAUCUAGAGAACGAAGUGCGAUUGCGCAACGGUUGUCCAGCUGAUUGGGUUUGGAUUGUGCCCCCUCUAUCUGGUUCGGCUACCCCGGUAUUUCACCAAGAGAUGGCGUUGUAUUAUUUGAAACCGUCGUAUGAGUAUCAGGAAGCAGCAUGGAAAACGCACGUUUGGAAAAAGGGUAGGGAAUCUGGAAAGAGCAAGAAACCCCGUAGGAAAUUUCAUUUCAAGCAAAUAGCAAGAGCUGUCAAGUUCACCUCGAAGUUAUUCGGUAGGGCGCUUUCCCGUCGCAUUAAAGCUACGGUUCUUUACGCUACUGAGACUGGAAAAUCCGAGAACUACGCCAAAAAAUUAGGGGAACUGCUUGGGCAUGCUUUCAAUGCUCAGGUGUAUUGCAUGGCCGACUAUGACAUCUCCAGCAUUGAACACGAAGCACUCUUGGUCGUGAUCACCUCCACUUUCGGGAAUGGAGAUCCACCAGAAAAUGGGGAGGAAUUUGCCAAAAACUUGUACACAAUGAAAAUGAGUGAAAACGGCAUAUCCAACGGAGAUCCAUCUAAAUUGAGUAUGGCAUCCUCGAAGUCCUUCAUCAAAGCCAACAGUCAAUCAGAAAUAGCAACAAGAAACAAAAAACUCGACAGACUCAAUUCUUUGAGGGGUUCGGUACUGAGCGAGCCUUUGAUAGAGGAUACCUUUGGUCCUCUCAGUAAUGUUAGGUUCGCCGUGUUUGCCCUUGGCUCGAGCGCCUAUCCGAACUUCUGCGCUUUUGGUAAGUACGUGGAUAACCUACUGGGAGAGCUGGGUGGAGAAAGACUGUUGAAGAUGGCGUCCGGAGAUGAAUUAUGCGGGCAGGAACAGGCCUUCAGGAAGUGGGCACCACAAAUUUUCCAGGUUGCUUGCGAAACUUUCUGUCUCGAUGACGAUGAUACUCUCUUAGAAGCAACCAUGACACUUCAGAGCGAAUCACUCACAGCGCAAAAUGUGAGAUUUGUAGAAUCAAGAGCUACAGCGGCGCCAGUGGGAUUGUCAAAAUGUCAUAACAAAAAGGUUUCUGUGUCCAAACUGCUUCGAAGAACCAACCUACACGGCGAGAAAUCUACGAAAGCUACUUUGCUGUUGGAAUUCAGAAGCAGUCUUCCGUAUAAACCGGGAGAUCAUCUCGGGGUGUUCGCUAAAAAUAGGCCGGACUUGGUGGACGGGAUAAUCAAGAGGCUGAAAGGUGUGACAGAUCCUGACGUUCCUGUCGAGAUGCAGAUCCUUCAGGAAACACAUACUUCUAAUGGUGUCAUGAAAAGCUGGAAACCACAUGAACGGCUUCCAUCCUGUUCGGUCAGAGAACUAUUUACUCUUUAUCUGGAUAUUACCACGCCACCGUCGCCAAAUUUGCUGCAGCACUUCGCAUCAAUCGCCACAGACGAGGAAGAACAAAAAAAACUCAAUUUGCUUGCAUCUGAUUCUGCCUCUUACGAGGACUGGCGACAUUGGAGAUUUCCCCACCUGCUAGAGGUUCUUGAAGAAUUUCCUUCGGUCAAACCGUACGCGCCUCUUCUAGCAGCUCAACUCAGCAUCCUGCAACCGAGAUUUUAUUCGAUUUCUUCUAGUCCGGCUCUGCACAUUAACGAAGUUCACUUGACCGUAGCUGUUGUAGUAUAUAGAACGCAAGAUGGAGAAGGAGAAAUGCAUUAUGGUGUCUGCUCGAACUAUCUACAGGAUGUUCCCCUGGAUACGGAUAUAAAUAUGUUUGUCAGAGGGUAAGUGAAGAAUCAGUCACUUAAGGUGAGUAAAUUGAUGUAUAAGUAAUCAAAUCACCACUCCAGUGAUCUAAUGGAUUAUUCUCGAAAGAUAGGUUGGUUGGGAUCAGGAACAGUUUUUCUCAGAAAAACGAUUUAUUUCUUAUAGAUCUUUCGAUUUUAAAAUAGCUCCUCUGCGGGGCUCUCUGAGAAUGAAUUUUCAAAAUCAGAAUAUAUAUGAAGUUACAGAAAUAAAAACGAUUUCAUGAAUUCUUCAGUGUAAAGCUCACAGUAAUGUACUACUUGAAUAUGGUUUGUUUCCUUCGAAAUAUGUAAAGGGCUCAAGACACAAUUCAUGGCAAUUCGGAAAACAACCACUCUUACUUUUGCCAAGUAGUUGGAUUGUUCGAUACACUGAAUGGUAGUCGUU